UUAGCCCCUUUGGAAAUUUAUGCUCGAGGUCCUGAAGCUGUUGAGGCAUACAACAAAGCCUUAACGAGAGGAAAGGCCUGCAUCAAGAGAAUACCAGUGAUGUUCAUCGGACAGGAGCGGACAGGAAAAACUAGUCUAAAAAAGUCCUUAAAAGGAGAAAAUUUCAACGAAAAAGAGGAAAGCACAAUCGGAAUAGAGACUAACUCUUCGUACUUUAAAGUAUCAAAAGAGAUUUGGAAAAGCGGAAAAGUGAAGGAAGAAGUAGAAUUUGAAUCAGAAGAUCAAUUUGAACACAUAGCAGCAGCGAAAGUGAUCGGUGAAUUUUUAAGGGAACAAAGGACAACUUCACCGUGGAUUGUGCCAAUUUUGAAGUUUGACUCAGAGUCAGAUUCAGAGUCAGAAUUAGAGCCUCCGGAUGGAUCAAUAUCAACUCGAAGCCCAACUAAGCUCUCAAGAAAUAUCGAGUCCUUACACAGAAAAUUGCCCGAGGAAGUGGCCAGGCUGGUUGAAAAAAUGCUUCAAGAGGAAGAAAGUGCAAACCACGAAGAUAACAUCUACUCAGUUCUGUGGGAUUUUGGUGGACAAUCAGUGUACUACGAAACCCAUCCAAUUUUCCUUACGGAUAAAGCUAUCUAUAUUUUGGUGUCUGAUUUGAGUCGUGAUCCAGGCGAGAAAGCCACCCCGCCUGUCAAAACAGGACUUUUCGAGAACAAAGAGGACAUUGACUGCAGUAAAACGAACCUUGAUUAUCUGGACUUUUGGAUGUCAUCAAUUUAUUCCUUGGUAAGUCCGGAUGAGAAUUCCAGCUCCCAAGAGACCGCUUCGAAUGUUAGUCAUGUUUUGCCAUGGAGGCUUCCCCCAGUAUUCCUGGUAUGCACCCAUGCUGACGUGCCGUUUCGUGGAUCUAACGCCAGAGACCUUGCUCUAAAAACGUAUGGCUUUUUGCAGUCCAAGAUCUACAAGGAACAUCUGUAUAAAGAUGUUUUCGUCGUGGAUAAUACAAAGUCUGGGAGUGAGGAAGAAUGUAUCGAAGUUAAGCGACUGAGAGAAGAGAUCCUUGCUGUUGCAAAGGAACUGCAGCUGACGAAAGAAGAAGUUCCGGUGAGGUGGUUGAGGUAUGAAAACAAGCUUCGCAAAAAGCAUGAUAAGUGGAUAACACUUGAAGAAGCCAAGAGGAUUGCAUUUGAAGAUUGUGGAAUUCAAAAAAAGGCUGAGUUUUCCACUUUAUUGAAUUUUUUGCAUGAUCAGAGAAUUGUGAUUCAUUUUAGUGGCUCUCCAGAGUUGGAAAGGAUGGUGAUAUUAGAUCCUCAAUGGCUUGUUGAUGUCCUCAAAAACGUAAUUACUGUAAGGCGUUUUAAACACACGGAGCAUGCUGUCAAAGACCUCUGGAUCCAACUGGAAAAAACCGGAAUCUUGGAUGAAAAACUCAUUGACCAUGCUUGGAGUGACUUGCUCGAAAACCAAGAAAGUCACAACAGCCUCAUUGCCAUCAUGGAGAGAUUAUGCUUGCUUUCUCCCUGGCCGUCGUCUAAAGAUAGCAAGCAGUACCUUGUGCCGUCCAUGUUGAUGUCACCCCCAACAGAUGACGUCCUUCAGCUUCUCGAUUCUGUAAACAUUCCAUCUCUUUUUGUAACAUUUGCAUCAGGUCGAGUACCUCCUGGUCUAUUUUCCCGACUUAUCCUACAUUUCCUCCAGUGGUGUGGCGAAGAAUGGAACAGCGAAAUGAGCCCACGGUUGUUUCAUAAUUUUGCCAUGUUUCACAUUCUUCCAGACCAAGGUAUCUCUGUCAUUUUUUGGUGCCAUCCCUCAGCCGUUGAAGUCGCUCUUUAUAGCGUUGACAAUGACGAGAAAAGAGUAGAUAUAUCCCGUGCUGUUCCCUGGAAAUUGAGGUUUAUACUCGAAUGCAUGCGGAAAGAGUUUCACUGGCUCAACAACGUGAAGUACAAUAUGUGUGUCUGCUGCCCAGUCUGUUCUCAACCAGGGUCGGUAAAAUGCCGCGAUCAUAACGUGCGUGGAUGUGAGUGUCUACACUUUCUGUCAGAAUCUGAUUUGCGAGAGCGUCAACAUUGCAACAAGCCAGGACGUAUCCUUCCUAGAGAUUGCAGGAUUCGGAUCCAGCAGUUCAAAUGCUGGUUCUUAUUUGGAGAAGAAGAGGAAGGUGCCAGAAUGUCAACGAAUCAGGUACGUUGCCAGUCUCAUCUUUGGGUUGAUUAGAACUAAUAUUUUGGGUUAAUAUAACGCUAAUAUUUUUUAGAUUCAGUGUCAUUUUUUAAAAGUAGUUUAAAAGUGGAUUUAAUUUGUUUUUUAGCAGCUGCAAGCUCUUCACGCAACGAGUCGAGGCUCCUUCAGUGCAAAAGGCAUAUUUUCCGUAGAAGGUAAGGGUCCUUUUUUUCAUGUCAUUAUCACAUAAUAAAAAUGUCCGAGUUAAAAAUGUUUUGUAAACAUCACUUCUCGUAUAAUUUUUACAGAAAUUAGCGUAAAAUGAUCUCUCCUAAAUCAGACUUUUAACCAACUCAAAAGUUUGGGCCUUAGCAAAUUACAUUCCGUCGGCUUAACUCUGUCUUAUUGCAAUUUUUUUUUAUUAUUUCAAUUCGUUCUAAUCAUUUUCAAGGAACGAAACGGAAAGAUCUUGCGCUGCCCGAGAGUAUCAAUACUUCCAUCCAGUCCAUUCCACUCAAUUCAGCAAGUGAUGUCAAGGAUAUUGUGAUUCAGUUUCGAGAAGCUCUGCAGUUGGAACCAGCAUGUUUGGUCGGUCCAGAGCCUGAGACGAGAAUUAUGAUUCGUGCCCUUGCCCUGAGAGCUAAAUCUGAGAAACGGGAUGAUUUGGUGAGACACUUACGAGAGAUUACGCCUGCUGGUACUACUGGUGAGUUUUAAAAAGAUGAUUUUGUUUUUCGUUCGGGGGAGAGGAAAUAGGUUUCUAAGAUAUAAAAAAGUACUCACACAAGUGUCCUCUCAAUGCAACAUUAUAAUAACGUUAGCACAUGCUUGAUUUUAUUGUGUGGUUGUUUUCGUUGUUGAUCCCCUUUUGACCUGCUCUAAUAUUUAUAUAUAUAUAUGUAUAUAAAUAUUAAGAGAGGGAAAAGGGACGCAACUUUUUCCCUCUCAUAAUAUUUACUCUGCUCUUCUUCAACGUAUUGAGCACUGUUCCACGCGAGAAUCAACUUGCAGACUUCCUAUAUAUGUACAUAUAUAUAACUAACUGCAGACAGUACUUUUUAAGCCUUCUGGGCUUUAUCAGUGCAAUGCGUUAGAAUGGAGGUAAGGAAUAUAUGCACCCCAAGUGAUCUCACACAUGUGGGAUCAUCUAAGCCAUGCCAGAGUGCUCAAACUAGAAUAACUAGUGAGCAUGCGCAAUGCUAGCAGCAAUGACUCAUCCUAGUAGAGUGCUCAAUUUGGACAUGAAAGCAAAGCUUUGUAUGCCAAAGAGCUAUAUCUAACUGCAGACAGUACUGUUUCGGCCUUCUGGGCCUCAUCAGUGCAGUAUAUAUAUAUAUUUGUUUGUUUGUUUGUUUUUUUUUUGUUUUUGUUGUUGUUGUUGUUUUGGUUUUAAGUUUUCUAAAAUAAAUUCUGCUAUAUUUAUCUUCUUUUAUUGUUUGUUUGUCUCUACAGGACCGUUGCUGAAUGACGAUAUGUCAGUUGGUUGCAUGCCACAUGAACAAUACAAGGAUUUGACAUUCAGCCUCUCCGGUAAGGAAUUAGGUCGGCUUCCGCACACCCAUUUAUUCAUUCUAGUUGCAACUUUUGAUUGAACUUCUAGGUUGUCUUCUCUCGACUCUCAAAAUGGCUCUCGAAAAAACUCGGACCUUAACAAGAUUUGAUUUUGCAGAUGCGCCUCGAGAUCAUAUUCCGGUUAGAUUAGUUUAUAACUAACUAAGUUUCGUUAGCUUCCGUCAAACCCUUUCCAAAGGAUGUGAUAGCGAUAAUUUAGACCAAUUUGGAGGAUAUCGGGCUCUAUGCCAUUUGACCAUGAGGCCCACAAUAGGGUUUGGUUUGAGGUUAAAAUCUUUUUUUUCUUUUUGUAACACAAUUUAUAAAAGACCAUAAUAUGUUUUUAUACGUAGUUCGAGGGAGGUGGAAACUGUUGGCAGAAAGGCUGGGUUUCUCCCAAAUCGAGAUGUGCUUUUUAGAUGAGAGAGUUGUGAAUCCUUCUGACGUUGUUCUUGGCGCUGUGGCAAAGCAUCGCCACCUGAGUGUUGGAGAAAUCUAUGACACAUUGGUCGACUGCGAGCUACCAGUUAUUGCAGAUCUAAUGUAA